AUGACUUCCGCCGUCUCUACAACAGAACAUCAAGGGACACCCUCCCUCUCUGAUGGGCUCCUCCACUUCCCCACCUCUUCGGCAUUGAAGCUCGAACCGCAUCUUCCACCGCCGCGUCCAUCACCAUCUCCCACGAUCACCACGACCAACAGCAACCCCAACAAAAAGCCCUUUGUAACCCUGACCUUCGCCACUUCCCUCGACUCCUCUCUCUCCCUCGCGCCCGGUGUCCGCACCACCCUAUCCGGCCCGCAAUCCAAAGCCAUGACGCACUUCCUACGCUCUCGCCAUGCCGCCAUCUUAGUGGGAGUUGGGACCGCCGUGGCUGAUGAUCCGGGGCUUAACUGCAAGAUACUUUCCCCUUUGUCCUCUUCGCCAGAAGGGGUAGGAAAUGGAAAGCGGGAACAGCAUCCCAACCAGCCCCGACCUAUCAUCCUCGAUCCAUCUGCGCGGUGGGAGGUCUCAGAGAAGAGUAAAGUUAUUCAGCUUGCUAGACUGAAACAGGGAUUGGGACCGUUUAUUUUUACCGCGAAAGAGGUGGGAGAGGUGCCGGAAGAGAGGAGGGCGGUGGUGGAGGGAGUUGGGGGAAAAUAUGUGUGUGUUGAGGGUUUGAAAGUCAAGGGUGAGGGCAAGGGCGAAGGGGCAACGAGUAGAGAAAGUUUUGCCUGGGCUGAUGUGCUGCGGACGAUUAAGGAGGAAGGCUUGGAUAGUGUGAUGAUAGAAGGGGGAGGAAGUGUGAUUAAUUCGUUGCUGGCGCUGGAGCAGGCAGGAGAGCAGGAGUUGGUGGACUCGGUGAUUGUCACAAUUGCGCCGACGUGGUUGGGGGCUGGAGGAGUGCUGGUUUGUCCUCCGAGGGCGGUCGGGAGGGAUGGGCAGCCGGCGCCGCCGGUGAGACUUAGGGAUGUGUCGUGGCAACCGUUGGGGGAGGAUGUGGUGUUGUGUGGUAAAAUCCUGAGGUAGAGCAUGGGGGACAAAACAUGAAGUCUAGCUAAAAUCAACUCGAGGGUGUCAACUUGCUGUCGC